UUUUGUGAAACCUUGGGACCUUCUAGAGAAGCGGUCUCUCUCCGUUUGUAGCAAACAAACAGCGUCACCACCUAACCCCUCCGAUCUCUUCGAUUCCGCCAUUCAUCCAUGGCCGACGAUUAUGAAUUCGUCGAUAAAGUUCCUCCUUCCUUCGAUCGUGUGGGAAAUGUGAUUAAGGAUUCUUCUUCAAAAGGUUUCAACCCAGGAUUAAUUGUUCUCCUGCUUGUUGUGGGGUUGCUGUUGAUAUUCCUCGUUGGAAAUUAUGUAUUGUACACAUAUGCACAGAAGACACUCCCUCCAAGAAAAAAGAAGCCAGUCUCAAAGAAGAAGAUGAAAAAGGAGAAACUGAAGCAAGGCAUCUCUGCACCUGGAGAGUAGACUUUUACUCACUUUAUAUUCUGUGUUGUUAAAUUAUACUCUUCAGAAAAAAAUUCACAUUCUAUGGUCUCCAGAGUUAUGUUAAUGUUUAUCGUUAUCCUAUAUGCUACUGAUUUAAAU